AUGACAUCCGCUUUUCCGAAUAGAAUGUCACCCAUUAAAGAUCAGGAUGAUCCAACAGAUUCUCGCUGCCUUCAGGUUGAUAAAAAUCAACGUUCUCAUUUGCAUACGAAACGAGCAGUUACACUCGAUCAGGAAUCGCACGAUGAUAAAUUACGAGUUGUGGUACUUGGAUCGACCAAAGUUGGUAAAACAUGUUUAUGUCAACAAUUUUUACAAGAAAAAUUUCUAAUUGACCAUAAAGAAACGGUCGAUGAAUUGCAUAGUGUCGAACUUUCGCUUGUUGAUCGUCAAAUUAUACUUGAAAUCUUAGAUACAGCUGGUAUAGACGAGUUUCCUGUCAUGAGACGUAUCGCAAUAGCACACGGAGAUGCAUUUCUUAUACUCUAUGCUGUAAACGAUGCUCAGUCAUUUCGUAUGGCUCAAAAACUGCAUCAACUUAUUCUUGAAGUCAAAAGUGAUUCAACAAGCACAAUACCAAUAAUAUUUGUUGCAAACAAAUCUGACCUAAAUAUAGAACAACGUGAAGUCAAUCAAGAGUAUGCUGAAAAUAUAGUGCACGAUCAAUUAAAAACAACUCUAGUUGAAACGACAUGUCAUAAUCGUGAGUCCGUACUUAAUGCCUUUCGUGUAUUACUUCAAUCGGCUAAUCUUAGUUUGGCCUAUAGUCCAGACAUAAUACGACGUUCUUCCGAUUCAAGUCUAUUGGCGAAUCGAGGACAACGUACGUCGAACAAACGACAAAGCUGUGCACAACAAUAA